GCUGGAGCUCUACUUAAAUACGAACUUAACCGCUCAAGCAUAUCGCAGCGGAAGACAGAGCAAGCAGACGAGAGACAUAGUAGAAAGGGAAGACAGACGCUUCGCAAUGGAGCGCCGCGCCUCCUCGUCGCUCCUGCUCUGCCUCCUCAUGCUCUCGCUCCUCAACGCAGACAACACGGUGUGGGCGCAGCAGAAAUUCGGCAUCAACUACGGGCAGAUCGCCAACAACCUGCCGGACCCGACGCGGGUGGCGGGGCUGCUGCAGUCGAUGAACGUGAACAAGGUGAAGCUGUACGACGCGGACCCCAAGGUGCUGACGGCGUUCGCCAACACGGGGGUGGAGUUCAUCAUCGCCAUCGGCAACGAGAACAUCCAGACCAUGGCGACCAGCCCGGGGGCCGCGCGGCAGUGGGUGUCGCAGCACGUGCAGCCCUUCAUCCCGGCCACCCGGAUCACCUGCAUCACCGUGGGCAACGAGGUGUUCGGGAACAACGACAUGGGCAUGGCGGCGAACCUCGUGCCGGCGAUGCAGGCGGUCCACGACGCGCUGGUGGCGGCGGGGUUGGCCGGGCAGGUGACGGUCUCGUCGGCGCACUCGGCCGCCGUGCUGGCCAGCAGCUUCCCGCCGUCCUCCGGCGCGUUCCAGGAGAGCUUCGCGCCGUACAUCAAGCCGCUGCUGGACUUCCACAGCAAGACGGGGUCGGCGUUCCUGUUUAACGCGUACCCGUUUUUUGCCUACAAGGGCGACCCGGGCAGCGUGUCGCUGCCGUACGUGCUGUUCCAGCCGAACGCCGGCGUGCGCGACGGCGGGCUGGUGUAUGACAACAUGCUGUACGCGCAGAUCGACGCCGUGUACGCGGCAAUGAAGGUCAUGGGCCACACGGACAUCCCCGUGAAGAUCUCGGAGACCGGGUGGCCGUCGAAAGGGGACGAGGACGAGGUGGGCGCGUCGGCGCAGAACGCAGCGGCGUACAACGGGAACCUCAUGCAGCGUGUGGCGAUGGGGCAGGGCACGCCGCUGAAGCCCAAUGUCCCCGUGGACGUGUUCGUGUUCGCGCUGUUCAACGAGAACAUGAAGCCCGGGCCGGCGUCGGAGAGGAACUACGGGCUGUUCUACCCCAACGGGUCGCCGGUGUACACGAUCAACGCCGGCAGCCCUGGGGGCAGCAGCUCCGGCGGCGCCGGGUCCGUGGGGAGGACGUUCGACCCGUACUCGUCGCAGAACAUGUUCUCCGCCGCGUCCAGAUUAAGAAGAUUAUCCUUGUGGACGCUACUGCUAGUAUUGCCCAUGCUGUCAGCACUCUUGUGGUAGACGAUUAGAAGAAGAUUAGUAGCGAUUGAUGAUUCAUUGUAUACAAUACAAAAACAUGUAAAUCGAGGAUGGGGCAGGCCUAGAUUCCAAAA